AUGGCUGCUUCAGCAAUAGGAGGAUGGGUGGCCUCAGCCUUCAUCACCAAGCUAGUUGAGAAGGUGUGCUCCUAUGCUGGGGACCAGUAUGAAUACCAACGGAAAGAUACAAAGGAGAAACUGAGAAUCCUAGAGAAGAAUCUAUCAUCGAUCCAAACAGUGAUACACAUAGCCGAGAGAGUGCAGGCAAAGAACACAGCCAUGGGAAGUUGGCUAAGGAGAAUCAAAGAUGCUGCCUGUCAAGCUGAGGAUGUUCUCGAUUUGUUUGACUAUCGAGUUCUGCAAGCACAAGCUGAAGACAGGGCCACGAUUAACUCAGUUGCUUCAGCUGCAGCUGGCUCGUCUUCUUCAUCCGCAAGCACCAUGACCACUGUCUCUACCACCACUAGCAGCAGCAGAGGCUCAACAGUAAAUCAGUCGGUUCGUCUUCUCAAACGCUUUCUAUUCUCUGAUGAAGAUAUAGAUGAGUUGAUUUCUGUAGUCGAUAAGUUUGUUGAGAUUGAUAGUGAGAUGCAAAGAUUUCUGGAAUUUGUGAAGAUAGAGGACAGCAGGCCAGAACAGGCAGUUCAGUGGCGCACAACAACCUCUAUGCAAGGCUCAGGGAAGUUUUUUGGUCGAGUUAAUGAAGAAAACCGUCUGAAGGAAUUACUUGUUCAGAUCAAUGGGCAAUCCAGCCAGCCAUAUGAUGUUAUAUCAGUUGUUGGUAUUGGUGGUGUUGGUAAGACUGCUUUAGUACAGAGAGUGUAUAACCAACGCUAUGUCACACAUCACUUUGAUCUCACAGUAUGGCUCCAUGUCUCAGAUAAAUUUGAUGUUGGACGUCUAACAAAAGAGAUGGCACAGUCAAAUCUCAGCAUAUUUGCUGACUUGAACAGCAUCAGUAGUUUAGAUCAAGCUCAGAGGAUACUUCGGGGUAGGCUGAAUGGGAAAAAAGCUUUGAUAGUCCUUGAUGAUGUAUGGAAUGUAUUGAGGAGCCAAUUGGAGAACCUGUUCAAACCCCUGCAGUUUGCUAGUAAGGGCAGCAAAGUAAUAGUUACAACUCGAAGCAAAAAUGUUGCAAAUAUGAAUGAACCAAUAGAGGUCAUACACUUACAUGGCUUAGAAGAUGAAGACUACUGGGGUUUCUUUUCACAAUGUGCAUUCGGUGAUGCAAAUCGUUCUGAUUUUCCACAACUGGAAAAAAUUGGCCGAGAAGUGGUGAGCAAGUUGGCAGGAUCACCUUUAGCAGCAAAGACAGUUGGGGGCUCGUUGAAACCGGAGCUAGAAGAAAAACAUUGGAGUGCUAUCAGUGGAAUGAAAUUGUGGCAAAUAGAGCAAAAGGAAGAUGAUAUUAUAUCAGUAUUGCGACUGAGUUAUGAGCAUCUUCCUGACCAUUUGAAGCAAUGCUUUGUUUACUUUGCAUUGUUUCCUAAGAAAUACCACCUUCGAGGAGAUGACCUGAUACAGAUGUGGAGAGCUCAUGGUUUCCUUAACACACAAGCACCAGAUGAAAUUGCAUAUCGUUAUAUCAAUGACCUGUUGCAGCUUUCAUUCAUUGAGAAGGUACCCAACCAAGAGGACCAUUAUGUAGUUCACGACUUGCUGCAUGAUUUUGCAGAGUCGGUCUCCAAUGGAGAACACUUCAGAAUAGAAGAUAAACUCCAGGUAUGCAUUCCAAGAAAUGUUCGCCACCUAUAUGUCAGUGCAAGCAACAUAUCUGAGGUGUACUGGAUUUUGCAAGAAUUCACAGAAUUGAAGAAAAAUCUGAGAAGCUUAAUAAUUUGCAAGGCAGAAGAAGGUGCUUCCCAGAAAAGAAUAGCCUCGUCAACCUUUAAUUAUGGUCUUGGUCAGACACUCGAAGAGCUACAAAGCUUAAGGGUCUUAGUACUGCGCAAUCCUGAUGGUAUUCUCCCAGACAAAAUCGCUCAUUUGAAACACCUUAGGUAUAUAAACAUUCAUGAAAGUAUGAGAUUUAUCAAUGUCCCCAAGUCAUUAUUCAAGCUCUACCAUUUACAUGGACUGAGUCUGCAAAAUCAUCAAGACAGGAUCGUGGAAAAGGAACUCCGAGAGGGCUUAAGUAGGCUGACCCAGUUAAGAUACCUGAAGGCUCCGAAGAAAAUAAUUUCAGGCAUAGAAUCGAUUGGCAAGCUAAGAUCCCUCCAGGAAUUAGAAGAGUACAAAGUGAAGAGUAACAUGAAGAGCAACAUAUGCCAACUGAGAGAGUUGAAUGGACUUCGAGGGACGCUAACCAUAACAAAUCUUCAAAAUGUAAGAUGCAGCAAAGAAGCAAAUGAGGCAAGACUAUUUGAUAAGAAGAACCUGAACAAGCUAGCACUCUGGUGGAAUCAUCUCAAACAGAGCACCAACAGUGACCAUGAAGGCGUGUUUGAGGGGUUACAACCAAAUGCCAACUUAAGAGCACUUUGUGUCAGAGGUUACAUGGGAAUCAAGUCUCCCUCUUGGCUAUGCUUUGAAUACAUAUCCAACGUUCACUCCAUUGAUUUGCUCUGCUGCCAUCACUGGAAGACCCUUCCACCUUUUGGGAGUCUGCCCUUCCUGCGGAUAUUAAGAAUAAUGCGUUUGACAAAACUGGAAAAGAUUGAUUCUAGAUUCUACGGCAAUGCGGCAGAAGCGUUUCCAUCACUAAAAGAGCUUUUAUUUGAAGGCAUGACUCAGUGGAAAGGAUGGUCAGGCGUUGAGAACAACCAAAAUGUGUUUCCUCGCCUGCGUGGCAUCCGUAUUCAGAAAUGUAACAAGUUGAUGGGGCCUUUGCCGUUCCCACCAUCAUUCAAUAAAAUCAAAAUUUCAGUAUGUGACUCAACCUCUGAGAAGGUAACCAGUCGUGAACCUGAAGAUACAGCUGAUGCCAACAUGUCCCUCGGUGUUCGGCUCUCCCUAGACCGCUUGGAACUUCUCUUUAGCUCUCUUCAAACAAGCAGCCUAGCAACCGUUCAUAUGCUGGAUAUCUCAUCCGACUACUUGGAAGCUUUUAGCAGUGAUCAGGAGGAAUGGCUGCAACAACUCACCUCAGUGAAGGAAAUUCGCUUCACUGGCUGCCUAAAAUUGACAUCACUGCCAUCCAACAUGAUUGAUCUCACAUCCCUUGAGUCUCUGUGCAUAGAGAAAUGUCCGAAACUUGAGUUGCUUCCCCAGAUAGGCUUACCUAUUUCCCUGAAGAAACUCAAUGUCAUAAGAUGCAGCAAAACAUUUAGUCAGCUCUGCUCUGAGAUCAACAUAAGCAGCACCAACAUGAUACAGCAGGUUAUCGUGAGGGAACCUAUUGUUGGCAAUGCAAUAAAAAGAAGAAGGACAUCAUCACAAUAGAAAACCUCUCAGAAGUGCAGAAGUUCCUUUUUCUGGAGGAUAGAUGGUUGGACAAGUGCUCGAUUGAGCAGCCUGCACCAACUCUGUUCUCCCUUGUGACGGCAAGAAUCAAGAAUAGGUGCAUUGUUCAGGAGGCUCUGAAUAAUGCAUGGAAUGCUGAUGUUGGGAUCUCUCAGUGUCCAGGCCAAUUCACGAAGACCCGCAUCUUUGGGACCAGUUGAGUGCCAAGUGCCAACACACUUGAUUCAUUGACAACAGCGAAGUUCGUGCGAAAAUGGAGAAGCAACAGAGGGUAUUGGGUAUGAUCAGAUUAUAAGAUCCGGUGCUGGUUCUUCCAGUCCAACAUGUUAGUGGAAGAAGGUUGGUAAAUCAUUGUUAUGCCUUCCAUCGGCCUUAAUGCAUUGACUAGCAGAUUCAGGGGAUCGCAGUUAUGGUUCUACUCACCCUAAUUUGUGGCUCUACUGGAUACAUUGUCAAAGAGUGCAAACUCUGGAGGCUGGUUUGGCGGUGCAGUAGAUCGUUGCUCGAGGGAGAUAUAGCUAUAUGCCUAUAUUGUUUAGGUCUUACAUAGGCAGAAGGUUAACUAUCAGGCUUCUUGUUCUUUUGUUAAUAACUUAAUACGUAUGCUGUUCUUGCUCACAGCGC